GCUUUAGAAGAUGAAGGACAGAAUCCAGAGGAGUUUGAUUUCGAGGGCAGUUUACCCAGCACGCCAGCAAAGCCAAACAGAAAAUCUGUUGAUGCAGAAGGCGAUGAUGAAAUGGUGAACCAUGUGAAUGGUGACUCUGCCAACCAUGAAGAGGAGGAGGAAGAGGAAGAGGAGGAGCAGGGCGAGCCCCAGGGACAGACACAGACAGUUGAUGCCACAGGUGAGGAUGUUGAAGUAGAGCAGAAGGAUGAGGAGAAUAUGAAGGCUGAGGAGAGUGCUGACCCCUGUGAAGAAGUUGGCAUGGAAGAGUCCGAGGAAGUGGGUGAAGAUGAGGUGGGUCAUCACCCAGAUGAAGAAGAUACCCGCAAUAUGGAGGAUGACUCCAUCAACCUUAUGUUAGAGGAUGAAGACAAGAUGUUGGAAGAUGAGAUGACUUUCAACUACUCUGAACGCCUUGACCAUGAUGACUCUUCAAAUGCAGAUGGGAAAGAGCGAUCACACAUCAAGGAGGGCAGCACCGCUACCCACGCCAGCGCAGACUCCGCCACGGGCAACAAGGACACAACCGACACCGAUUCUCAGGAUAAGAAAGAAUGCGAAAAGCCCAAGAGCACAUCCGGAGAGGACAAAGGGAAGGAUGACAAACUUAAGGAUGACAAAGAUCACAAAAGCAAAGGUGGGAGUGGAAGCAGCAGUAGCAGCAGCAGCAGCAGCAGUGGAAGGAAUCUCUGGGUCAGCGGAUUGGCUUCCUCCACACGUGCUCAGGAUCUCAAGUCAGUCUUCUCUAAGUAUGGCAAGGUGAUGAGUGCCAAGAUUGUAACAAAUGCCAAAACUCCUGGAGCAAAAUGUUAUGGUUUUGUCACAAUGAUGAGCAGUGAAGAUGCUUCUAAGUGUAUUUCACAGCUCAACCACACAGAGCUUCAUGGCCGCAUGAUACAAGUAGAAAAGGCCAAAGGAGAACCUGGAGGCCCCACCAGAACCAAAUCCUCAUCAUCGUCAUCAUCCAACCGCAAGCCCUCAGAAUCCAAAAAGGAGCCAAGCAGUGAAAAGAAGAAGGAUGGAGAGAAAAAGGAAGGAGACAAGAAAGAACCUAGCACAGAAAAGAAAGAGGGGGUGGAAGAAAAGGGAGAGAAAGAGGGUGAGAAGAAGGAAGAGAAGAAACCAGAGGGCAAGGAGGAAGUGGCCCGUAACAAGGAGCAUGAUCGUGAGCGAAGAGGCCCCAGGAACAACCGCCCAUAUGAUCGCAGGCAGGAUCACCGUGGUAACAACUUUAGGGGUGGACACACAAGGGGAGGCCGGAAUGAUGUUCUCAGUUUCAAACAGUAUCAUCACUCACAGAUUAUGGAAGAACGUGAACGUCAGCGAAUUCGUGCACGGGAGAGGAUAAUGAGGGAGGAGGAGCGUAGGCGAAGAGAGGAUGAGGUCAGACAAAGAAAUAUUGAAAGACGGCAGCGUGAAGAGGCAGAGAGGCUUCAAAGGGAAAGAGAGAAGUUGCGCAUUGAGCGUGAGAGAAUUGAACGCCAGAAGCAGGAGCUCCUUCGAAUGGAGAGAGAACACCAGAGAUUAGAGAGAGAGAAGUUAGAAAGGGAACGUGAAGAACUUCGCAGGCAGCAGAUGAGUAGACUCCGGUAUGAGGAAACACGCCGCAGCCUCAAGCGACCGGCUGAUGAGCGAGACCGGCGAGACUUCUUUGAUGACCGCAAGAGACCAGCCACAGACAGCCGAGGUCGUCUAGAUGAUGCCCCCGCACCACCUCGCAGGUAUGAGGACAGAAAUUACGAGAGAGGUAAUGAUUCUACACGAUUUGAUAGAGGAGGCCACGGCAGCCAUGGCAGCCAUGGUGCUGGGGGCGGAGGGGGGCGCGACGAUAUGCGUGGCGGGGGGGGUGCUGGCAGCACAGGCAGCCGCUAUGACGACAGAAGAGAAAUCCGUGACCGUGAGGAUAGGCGUCCUGUUGACCGCUCAGGCCCCAGGGAUGACCGUGACCACAGAGGACCCCCACCUCCUCAGGCUUCAAGGGAUAGGCCCAGAGACAGGUACAGUGGCAGUGGUGUGGGCGGCAGCGGAGGUGGAAGUGAUGCCUGGAGGAGUGCCGGGGGUAUGAGCGAUAGUAAGGGCGGUUAUGGGAGCGGCUCGAACUUGAUGGGGGGCAGUGUGGGCUCCUCUGGACCGUCGACCCGCGGGGGGGACACGCAGGGAGGCUGGAGGCCCUCCGGAAGCAUGGCCAACAAUGAUAGAUGGGGAGGUAGUGGUGGCCCAGGAAUGGGCAGCAGAAGCAGUAGCAGCAUGGGAGGCAUGGCCAUGGGUGAUAUGAUUCGCUCUAAUGCACACCACUUGUCACAACCUGGAAUGGGGGGUAUGGGCAUGGGUAUGGGCAUGCAGAACGACAGAUUCCCAAUGUCAGAUUUUCGUAAAUAUUAAGUGAAUUUUUGAAGGCAGUUAAAAAUCAAAUGAACAUUGACUGUUCAGUGGACUUUUUUUUUUUCUUUUUUUUUUUUCCUUUGUGUGACAAGCAACAAAUAUCUAGAGUAUGACUCACAAAAAAGGAAAAAAGGAAAAUAUUUAUCCUGGGCACAUGUUUGUACAUGCUAUAGUACAAGUAUAACAAACAGAAAUCUCACCUAAAGACAUCAUUUACAUUUCACUUUUCGACAGUAGUUUUUUCCCAUUAGUGGAUCUUUUGUUAACUUUUCUUGAUUGUGUGUAAGGAGGUUCUUGUUCAUCAAUUGUGUUUCGUUUCGUUUUGUGAGAGAAUUUCUGCCUUUAAGUGAGAAGGUACAUCUAUUUUUUCAUUGAACAUUCCCUAUGUUUGUGUGUACCUGAAUAAAAUGUGUAUAUAUGUCUUCACUACUUGCUUAAUCCUUAACAACUGGAGUAUCAUAGAUGGUACUGUAAGUUGCAUUAAUAUUGUAUGUAUACACAAAUUUAAACAUUUUUUAAAAACAAAACAUAUCUGUCCAAUGGAGUUACCAUGAUGUACAUGUAUGUAAAAAUAAAAAAGAAACAGUGAAUAAACUA